AUGGGCAAGUUCCACGCCCGGUUGUACAAGACCGACCGUGCCCGGGACUUCGACCACGAACAGGAUCGAUAUGUUCGUAUGCGACAGAUUUACGAGACGAUCGACCGACAGGGUUUCCAAUGGAUUGUGGUUCUGGUUGCCGGUCUCGGGUUCUUCCUUGAUGGUUAUACUCUAUUUGCCAGUAACAUCGCCCUCCCGAUGAUCUCCUACGUCUACUGGAGAAACGAUACCUCCUCAUUACGACUCACAUGCAUCAACAUCUCAACGUUAGCGGGGACUUUACUCGGACAAGUGGCUUUUGGAUUCCUGGCCGAUAAAAAUGGACGAAAGAAGAUGUACGGUGUCGAAUUGGUGUUGCUGAUUACAGCCACGCUUGGUGUGGUGAUGUCCUCUCGUGGCGAGGACGGAAGUAUGAACGUCUAUGGGUGGUUGAUCUGGUGGAGAAUCUGCGUUGGCAUUGGAGUGGGUGCGGAUUAUCCACUUAGUGCAGUGAUUACAUCCGAAUUUGCCCCGACGAAGCAUCGCGCCCGCAUGAUGGCCACCGUCUUCUUCAUGCAGCCGCUUGGUCAAAUUGCCGGUAAUAUUGUCUCAGUCAUUGUGAUUAUCAUUGCUCGCAACAACAGUACAGGUGAUGAAGACCUAACCCGCACGGUCGACAUGUUGUGGCGCUGGGUUCUGGGCAUUGGAGUCAUCCCCGGUGCAAUCGCGACUCUUUUCCGGUUUGCCAUUCCAGAGAGUCCCCGCUACCUCGUUGAUAUCCAAGACGACCCAGUUACCGCUGAAUUUGACGCAACGACGCUCUUUAGUGAAAGCCCUGGGAUGGUUGAAUCUUCGAGCUGGGGCCUAGGGAGUUCGAUGCAAUUACCGCCGAUCGCAUCAAUUGCUAGUACCAGCUCUAUCAUCGACGAUGACGAAGAAGAGCUUACCCGGCUACCGCCAGCUACUCUUAAUUCGCACUGGCGACUCGCACGUACCGAUAUCAUCCGGUAUUUCUGGACAGAGGGUAACUGGCGCAGUUUGGCUGGUUGUUCUCUUGCAUGGCUCCUGCUUGAUUUUGGUUUCUAUGGUAUUGGACUAUCGAGCCCUCAAAAUUUGGCUAAGACUUGGGGUGCACUUCACAUCUCCUCAGCGGCUCCGAACUGGAUGACCGACGAUAGGCCCCAUGCCAACGUCUUCCAGAUGUUCUUGGACACCUCCGUACGCGGAUUGGUGGUUCUAAACGUGGGCAGCUUCGUCGGAUGUAUCCUCCUUAUUAUCUUUGCGCAUCGCAUUGAUCGCGUCGCCCUUCAGAAGUACAUGUUCCUUGCACUCGCCGCUCUCUUCAUCGCCCUGGGAACGAUGUUCGUCUGUCUCUAUUCCAAACCCCCUGCUAUUGUGGCAUUAUACAUCCUGGGGCAAAUUCUGUUCAACUUCGGCCCCAAUGCAACGACAUACAUGAUCCCAGCCGAGAUCUUCCCGACCCGAUACCGAGCAACCUGCCACGGCCUCAGCGCCGGCGCCGGAAAACUAGGCUCAAUUCUCGUUCAAAUAUUCUCAACAUACUAUCACUUCGGCGCAGGGCCAGGCGACGAAUCAACCCGCAAGCACGGCAUCGUUCUCCUUGUUUUUAGCGCCUGCAUGAUCAUCGGCGCAGUAGUAACCCACUUCUGGAUCCCACCUAUCCAGCAAAAACGCAAUGGUCGCAGCAAGCUCUGGGGUGGAAAGCCUGAGACGCUGGAAAGUUUGGCUCUUGGGCGUAUGGGUCGGAAAAGUCGGGAUGCCGAUUUCAGGAAACGUGCUUCUCGGCAACGUGCGCUUUCCAUGAGUGGCUAA